AUGGUCUACGUAUCAAAGUACCCUGAAAAGCAUAUCCCUAAAGUCACAAGUAUCUUUGAUGUCUUGUUCCACAACGACAAUCAAGUCCCCAAGGACAAGCUUAUCUAUGUCGACAUUGAAGAUACAAGCAAGAGUUUGACAUAUGGUCAAGUAGAGACUCAAAUCCUUAAGGCUGCUGCUGGCCUCAUUCGUGAAUUUGAUCUGAAGAAGGGUGAUGUUGUAGCUAUCUGUUCGCCUAACCAAGUUGAUUAUCCUAUUGUCUUGCACGGUGCUGUGUGUGCUGGUGGUAUUGCUGCAGCUAUUGAUCAAAUGUCCAGUGUUGAUUUGAUCGCAGCUGAUCUAGAUACUGUUCAAGCCAAAGUACUGAUUGCUCACAAGGAUACUCUUGAAAACUCACUUGCUGCUGCAAAACUUGUUGGUCUUCCCGAAUCCAACAUUUUGCUCUUUGGUGAUAUCGCUGUUGGCGACAUUCGCACUGUCAAUGAAACUAUCUUACAAGGAAAUGAGUUAGCUACGCCUCUCGAGUUUACUGAAGAAGAAAUGGUCAAUAAUCCCGCAUUUCUCUACUUUACAUCCGGUACAACUGGGAGAAAGAAGGCCGUUAAGAUGACUCAAAACAAUAUCUUAAACAGUAUCUUCCUCAAGGACGACUGGAACUUUAAGGAUAUGAAUAUUCUCGCGUAUACUGAGUACCAUCAUGCUAGUUCUCUUUUGGCUGUGAUGCACUUAUCCAUCUAUCUUGGUCUCACAACUUAUGUAAUGGCUCAUUAUACUUUACGUAAAUUAUGUGCUGCUAUCGAAAAGUUCAAGAUCCAAAUGACCACCACUCAACCUUUCAUCAUUGCUGCCUUGGCCAAGGACAGCAUUGCCAAUGACUAUGAUCUUUCUUCUCUCAAGUGUGUCAUUUGCUGUGGUGCUGCUCUCGAUAACUCGGUUACACUUACCGUGAAGGAGCGCCUUGGUCUUCUUACUAUGAAUGCUUACGGCAUGACUGAGGUUCUUGGUAUUUUCGAUAACACUCCCGAAAUCACAGAGGCAAAUGGUAUUGGCUAUCUGGCCGCCGGAUUCUCUGCAAGAUUGGUCGACGAUGAUGGUAAUGAUGUCCCAGCUGGUGAAAUGGGUGAGCUAUGGGUCAAGGGCCCAACUGUUGCUCGUGGCUAUUACAGAAACCCUGAGGCUACUGCUAGUACAUUCGACGCCGACGGUUACUUGCAUACUGGUGAUCUUGUCAAAUGUGAUGAAAAUGAAAUAUUCUACUACGUUGAUCGCGCCAAGGACUUGAUCAAGUAUCAUCUCCAUCACAUCUAUCCUAGUGAUAUUGAGAAUGUCUUGAUGACUCAUCCCAAGGUGGCCGAUUGUGCCGCCAUUGGUGUUUACUACCCUGAAUUUACCACUGAGCUUCCUCGUGCGUAUGUGCAUUUGGUUGAUGGUGAAAAGUACACUGAGCAAGUCGAAAGAGAGCUGCAAGAAUAUGCCGACAACCGCCUCUCAGAUGAGAAGCGCUUGCGCGGAGGCAUCGUAAUUGUUGAAUCGUUUCCUCGUACAGCUUCUGGUAAAAUUCAGCGUCGUGUUCUUCGUCAAAAUGCCAAGGGUCAUGUGCUUGUCUAA